AUGAGGUACAGCUGGCCGUACACCACCACACUGCUCAUUGCCCUCGAGACGACCGCCGCGCAGCGCGUCAUUCAGGGCAGCGUGCAGCACUUCCAGAGCGAGGCCACUGGCCCGUGGCAGCCGCUGCUGGCGCUCGGCUUCGGCUCACCGCCGCAGGAGAUCACCGGCAUCUUCGACUCGGGCUCGUCCGACACCAUCAUCCCGCAGGCCGGGUCCAAGCUAUGCCAGGUCGAGAACCAGCAGUGCACCGACGGGGCCGAAAUCGUCCGCGGCGAGUUCGACGAGCAGCUGACGUCCGACGUCGAGGAGCUACCGGGGCAGGAAUUCGAAGCCGGGUUCAGCGGUGGCGAUGAGUUCAAUGGCGAGUACAUCAAAACAACUGUAACGGUCAUCACCCCGGAUGGGACCGGGGCCAGCAACGGUACCGGCAGGCUUAGCGGUGCUGACGGUGCCGGCGGUGCCGGAAACGUCACGGGCGAGGAGGUGCCCAACGCACAGGUGGCGCUGGCGUCGGAUGGCCAACCUUCCGGCGACUUUCCGCAGUUUGCCAUCUACGGCGUCGGACCUCGCGAGGCUGAGGCCACGGACAAGAAGUACGACAAUCUGCCGCAGGUCAUGAAGGACACGGGCGUCACCAAGGGCAACUCAUAUAGUGUGGUCAUGAACCCGACGCCCCUCGCUAACGGAAGCGUCUUUUUUGGCGGCGUCGAUCGGUCCAAGUUCACUGGCGAGCUGCAGCAAGUUCCGAUCGACCGGACCACCGAUGGCAAGAUUAGUGACUUUGUAGUCAAGAUGAGCUCCAUACGGCUGGACAUGAGCGGUGGCAAUAAUCAGACGAGGCGGCUCACAAGGAGCGAGAAGCGUGAGCACAUGCGCCUCAAACGCUCGAUAUUUCGCCGCACAGCCCCACGGAACAAAGGCUACAGCAAGGCCAAGGGCAAGUACGGCGGCGGCGACGAGACCGGCGAGGAGGACGUUCAGGCAGCGCGUGUCUUGAGCGCUGGCGAGGGCGGUCACAACUCCAACAGCAAGGGCCAGGGAAACAACAGAAACAGCAACAAUGGCGGCAACUGCUGCAGCUGCAGCUGCAACAACAACAACGGCGACAACGGCGACAACGGCGACAACGGCGACAACGGAAGAGACAACCGGAACAAAGACAAGGGCAACAAGAAUCAGGGCAGCAGCAAUAACGGAAGCGGAAAGAGUGGCAGCGGUCUCAUUGACCUUGGCCUGAACAAAAAGAAUGCCUUCACCCUCUUCGACACGGGCGGCGUCGCCCUGACGCUCCCCGCCAACGUGCUGCGCAAGAUGGCGCGCGCCCUCGACACCGACUUCAGCGACGAGUUUGGGGAGCUGGGGCCGGUAGACUGCGGCCUGCUCAGCGCCGGAAACAAGCUCGUGAUGGGUUUCAACAACGACCGCGUGCAGACGACGCUCGCGCUCGACAAGAUCCGCAUCUCGGACGAGAUCGCGGACCCGAGGCUCACGCAGGAGGGGCUCUGCGAGGUGGGCGCGUUCGCGUCGGCGCCGGACGAGAACCUGAACAGCAUGGGAUUCGUCUACUUCACGGACGUCUACACGGUGUUUGACCUGGAGAACAACAGCCUGUGGUUCGCGCAGGCCACGGGCGACCCGGGCGCGCCGGGCGAGCAGCUGGAGGAGUUUCCGUGA